AUGGCUCGUGGUGGAGUGAAGUCCCGCGAAUUAGACUGGACUUCUGUAGGAACCCAGGGAAGACGAACUGGAAUUACACUGAAGGAAGGAAAGCGCGACGAGCAUGGAAUGGAAGAAGUGGAUGGGCUUUUCUCGUCUCCUGAGAAAUCACCCACCGAAUUAAACGGUUUUGAUGACGAGGGCAGUGAGGAUUCAAUCGGCUCUGAGGGGAUGUCUAUAGAGGAUGGCAAUGCGCCGGGCCCUCUGGACUAUCUUAACCCCCAAAGCAACACACGUACCUCCUUACUGUCUGCGCCCGGUCGUUCGCCUGCGAAGGGUCGCUCUGCAUUUACUCGAAGAUCUCCUGAUCUGCACUCCACACCAGAGCCAGAGGGGGACCUAUUAUCCUCUAGUCCAUCCGAUGACAGGAGCUUAAACGUGACACGUCCUUCGCGCCAGGAGCAUUCUCCAUUAACCGCCAGAUCCGCAAACGCGAACAUCUCCAGGCAGAGGGUCAAUUCUCAGCGAACUACGAAAGCGCAAAUGGCAGCUUCUGAGCCCACAGUCCUACCUGAAUUUUCAGAUGGGGAAGGCGAUGAGAAUGCCAAUUCGUUUCUGCCUGGGGACGAUGAUCAAUACGAUAGCUUUGGUGCGGGUGAUGACACCGUUCUUCCCGAUGGUGGUGAUGAUUACGACGAUGAUGUCGCAGAGCCAAUCACUGAAAAUCACAGUGAGCCGGAGGAUGAGGAUGAGAAUGAGGAUGAGGAACCGCCCAAAACAUCGAAGAAUGCAACAUCGACCUCGAAAGAAACAAAGAAGGGGCUCGCAAAGAAGAGCGGCAAUCCAGGGAAAACCGAAUCUUCAGGUCCGAAAGGUCGUCCUGCGAAAACAGCACGCCCCGUUGACGAAGACGAUGAUGAAGCUGCAGCCGCAGAUGCAAGACCAACCAAGAAGCAAAAGACAUUGAAGAAGAAACCCGAGGAAAAUCGCGCGCAAUUGGACCCCGAGCUUGAAAAAGUGGUUGAAAAUUACGCUCAGCGUUCAGGUCCAUUAAAGGGCCGUAGCUUAUACAUUCUUAAGAGAGAGAACCCAACAGAUCCGGCCUCCACCCAUACUCGUUCUGGACGAACAUCCAUUCGGCCUCUCGCUUACUGGCGCAAUGAAAGAUGUGUUUAUGGUGAUAACGAGGCGGUAGAAGACGGCCAUCGUUUCCCACUCUCCACUAUCAAAGAAAUCGUUCGCACCGAGGAGCUUGAACCAGAGCAGAAGAAAAAAGGCAAAAAGGCAGGUCGUAAAGGAAAGUCCAAGAAGCGUGGGAAUGAAUCUUCAGAUGAUGAAGAUGGCGAAGCAGAUAUUUGGGAGAAAGAAGGUGUUCUUCAUGGCUACAUUCCUAGAUGGGACCCCAAGACACAAGCAAGCAGCAAGGACGAAGAUAUCCUAGAUAUUGCAUACGCUCCUUCUGGCAUUGAGACAAGAGAGGUCAAAGACUCUACUUUCCGAUUUGCCAAGUUGCUUAGUUCUUCUUUCAUUGGAUCUGGUGUUGUAGAGCUCCCACCGGAGGGCGUGAAGCGACCCAAAAACUCGAAGAAGAUGCACAUGGUCUUUUAUGUUUGCCAUGGACGUGUGCAAGUCGAUAUUUCAGGAGUCCAGUUCAGUGCUGGAAAGGGAUGCGUCUUCCAGGUUCCUCGAGGCAAUUACUAUAGCUUUCAGAACGCCCACAGGAAAGAAGCACGGUUGUUCUUCACGCAGGGAUGUGUACCAGAGGACGAGGCCUCUCCUACAUCUCAAUCGAGACCUGCUGUACAAGAGAGCGAAUUUGAAGUCGACGGCGAAGUUGAAAAUGGAGCUAAAGGUGGCUCAUCUGCAGCCUCAGUUAGAAAGGCCCGUGGUCGCCCCAAGGCCAAGCCGAAGGCCAAACAAAUCUUGUCUUGA